AUCACUUCCUCACACAGCAGAGCUUCCUGCCUUCCUGACACUCAUUGCAAAAUGUUCUUUCUGUUAACAACCAGCUAAGGAGCAUGCACGGCGCAACCGGCAGAGCCGCACCUUUUUGGUGGAAAAUGUCAUAGGGGAGCUUUGGUCGGAGCUGGAAGAAGGUGACCGUUAUGUGGUAAUGGACUGUGGGGGAGGAACAGUGGACCUGACUGUCCAUCAAAUCCGUCUUCCAGAAGGACAUCUAAAAGAACUCUACAAGGCCUCGGGUGGACCUUAUGGCUCUAUCGGGGUUGAUUAUGAAUUUGAGAAGUUGCUGUAUAAGAUCUUUGGCCAGGAUUUUAUCGACCAGUUUAAAAUUAAGAGGCCAGCCGCCUGGGUGGACCUGAUGAUUGCAUUUGAGUCUCGGAAGAGAGCGGCAGCUCCUGAGAGGACCAACCCUCUCAACAUCAACCUGCCUUUCUCCUUCAUCGACUACUACAAGAAGUUCCGGGGUCACAGCGUCGACCACGCUCUGCGCAAAAGCAAUGUGGACUUUGUUAAAUGGUCAUCUCAAGGGAUGCUGAGGAUGAGUCCAGAUGCAAUGAAUACCCUCUUCAAACCGACCAUAGACCACAUCAUCCAACAUCUCACUGAACUCUUUGAGAAGCCAGAAGUUAGCGACAUUAAGUUCCUAUUCCUGGUUGGAGGUUUUGCUGAGUCCGCCCUGCUGCAGCAGGCUGUCCAGAACAUGCUUCAGGGCCGCUCCAGAAUCAUCAUCCCGCACGACGUUGGUCUAACCAUCCUGAAAGGUGCUGUGCUGUUUGGCCUGGACCCCAGUGUCAUUAAAGUGCGUCGUUCACCCCUAACAUACGGGGUAGGUGUCCUUAAUCGAUUCGUGGAGGGCAAACACCCGCCAGAGAAACUGCUGAUAAAGGACGGAACCCGCUGGUGCACCGACGUCUUCGAUACUUUCAUUGCUGCUGACCAAUCUGUGGCACUGGGUGAGAUGGUGAAGCGCAGCUAUACGCCAGCCAAGCCUUCCCAGCAGGUUAUAGUUAUCCAUGUUUAUUGCUCGGAGAAGGAGAGGGCAGGGUUUAUCAGCGAGCCCGGGGUCAGGAAGUGUGGGACGCUUCGCUUAGAUGUCAGUGGAACAGAAAGUUCAGCGCCACGCCGUGAGAUCCAGACCCUCAUGCAGUUCGGUGACACAGAGAUUCGAGCCAUAAUGGUGUCUAAGAAAAAGCUGAGGCGCAGUCUACAGCCUGCCCUACACUCACAGUUUUACAGCCAUGCCAAGACCUUCAAGUGA